GUCCCACGGUCGGAGUUCCGUCCCGCGGCCCCGACGUGCGGCAGCGCUGGAACGGACGCAGCCAAAUCUCCUUUUAGAGAGCGAAGUUCCGCGCUGGAAUGCCGCGAGCCGAGGGACGGGCACCAGAACCGCCAUCGGCGGAGGAGAGGGCGAGAGGGGGGGAGCGCAGCGGGACGCGGCCCCGUCGCUUCACACCCAUUUCGCUUUAGUUUUUUUUCAGCGCCGCCCAAAUCUCCUUUUGUUCUUCGCAGCAAUCGCCGCUUUCGAUCUCCGCGGGCCCCGAUAAACGCGUCGGAGCUCUCGGACACCGAGCGGAGGGUUUCCCUUUUCUCUCGCAGCCCUUAAAACGCCGCGAUGUAAAACCGAAAGGCAAUCCGGCCCUUCAGAAGAGGAGCGCGAACGUUCCCGACACCCUGAAAUGUGCUUUUAUUUAUGGCGUUACUUAACACCUGAGCAGCAUUCGGGGUUUGUUUUUUUUUUUUUUGCAAUAGGAAGGCAAUAAAACCCCGUGCAGGUAUUCUUGCUGCGCAUUCCACCGCCCCCCGGCCCGCUGCGCUCCCAUCUGAAAACUUCACACUUUUCCCUUUUAUAACACAUGUGGCUGUGAAAGAAAAAGGAACGGCUGCGAGAGGAGAAAGCCGAGGGGAGCGGUGCGCUCUGUGCUGCAGGCGGUCGCAUCGGCUGCAUUGGGGCCGAGGGCUGCCUGUGGAGGGGGGGCGGUGAGGGCUGCAGCCCACCCGGGCGUGGGGGCUGUGAGGAGCCCCCCCAGCACUGAGGGGCACGCGGGGCCGCGCCGAGCUGCUGCUGAAAGCCGAUCAGGGCCGGGAGGUCGGAGGGGAGCGGAGGUCGAGGCGCUUUCCGGGAGGUAAUUAGCGAUAUUAGCCCGGCACGCGCGGCCCCGCAGCGCCCCGGCAAUGAGUGCUGGGGGAUGUCGGCCCCGCGCCGCUUUCCCUGCGGAACAGCGAACGGCCCGCUGUGCUCUGCAGCUCUCCUCCCAAAGCAGUGCAGUGGGGGCGAUGGGUGCCGGGGGGAUCCCGGGGGGGGCUGUGGGUUCCCCCCGUAACUGCACAGCGCGGUGCUGCAGCACAUGGUUUGCGUUGGGGUGCUCAGUGGUGCGGUGCACACCGCAGAGGGACACCGGUGAGGGAUGGAAAGCCAAAACACCAAACCACCCCAUAACUUUCCAUCGUGGCUUUCAAAUGGGGGGAAGAAGCCCAGAGCCCGGCCCCAAAGCGGGCAUGGAGCGAUGCCACCGGCACCCCCCCGGCACCGCAGCUUCCCCCGAGCCCACGGGGAUUGCCCACAGUGCCGUGCUGCGCCGCGCAUCGCUCCCCUUCCCGUUGUCUCCGGCCGCAGACCCGGCGGUCAUCUCCCCCCAGGACCCCACGCUGCUCAUCGGUUCCUCCCUGACCGCCACCUGCACCGUCAGCGCCGACCUCCGCCUGCGCGCGCAGGACCUGUACUGGACGCUGAACGGCCGCCGUCUGCCCGCCGCCUCCUACGCCGCGCUCGGCCCCACCACGCUCAGCGUGGCCCUCACCCGCCUCAACGGCUCCCGGCAGCAGUCGGGGGACAACCUGGUGUGCCACAGCCGCGACGGCGGCAUCCUGGCCGGCUCCUGCCUCUACGUCGGAUUGCCCCCAGAAAAACCAGUCAACAUCUCCUGCUGGUCCAAGAACAUGAAGGACCUCACCUGCACGUGGGCCCCGGGGACGGAGGGGGAGACCUUCCUGCACACCAACUACACGCUCAAGUACAAGCUCCGGUGGUACGGCCGUGACAACACGUGCCAGGAAUACCACACAGCCGGGCCCUACUCCUGCCACAUCCCCAAGGACCUGGCCCUCUUCACGCCCUAUGAGAUCUGGGUGGAGGCCUCCAACCGACUGGGGGUGGCCGUGUCCGACGUCGUCAUGUUGGACAUCCUCGAUGUGGUCACCACCGACCCACCAUCCGACGUGCACGUCAGCCGUGUGGGUGACCUGGAGGACCAGCUGAGCGUGCGCUGGAGCUCCCCGCCGGCACUGAAGGAUUUCCUCUUCCAAGCCAAGUACCAGAUCCAGUACCGCGUGGAGGACAGCUCGGAGUGGAAGGUGGUGGAUGAUGUGGGCAAUCAGACCUCGUGCCGCCUGGCCGGCCUGCGCCCCGGCACCGUCUACUUCGUCCAGGUGCGCUGCAACCCCUUCGGCAUCUACGGCUCCAAGAAGGCCGGCAUCUGGAGCGACUGGAGCAACCCCACGGCCGCCUCCACACCGCGCAGCGAGCGCACGGCUGGGGGCUGCGACCCCAAGGGAGGCGAGCAGAACACGACGCUGCGGCGGGAGCUGAAGCAGUUCUUCGGGUGGGUGAAGAAGCACUCCUACGGCUGCUCCAACCUCAGCAUCAAGCUGUACGAUCAGUGGCGCGUGUGGCUGCAGAAAUCCCACAAAACACGCAACCAGGUAGGUUCUACCCGGCGAUAAGUUGUAGCCCCCGCAGGGCUGAGUGCCGGCAGCACCGCACCGGGUGCCCAAAGCCCCCCCGGGGCCGCCCGCCCCGUCCCUGCCACCACAGCACACUGAGGGGGGGCUCAGCAGUGGCCGGAGCUCGGCGCGGCCCUGCAACCCGCUGCAGGGGGGUUUUGCUGGGGGGGGGAGCUGGGGCUGGCCUUGGCAGCCCCCUGGGGGCGGUGGCGGUGCCAUGGGCCCCCCAGGAGCACGGUCCCCAUGGCAGCGAAGGGACCCCCCAGCCUCACCUGGAGCCUUUGUUCCUUCACCGCGACCUGGAGCAGCAAUUGGGGUGAAAAGGGGGUGGGGGCUCCCCGUGGCCCCCAAACCCGGGGGGUGCAGCCCCCCCCACGAUGCAGUUUGGGUGUUUUGGAGGGGCCACGGGUGCCCAUGGGGCCGCGUGCGAGCGCACGGGGGUUCUGUCCCCGGAGAGCUGCGUGGGGCUGGUUUGAGGCUGCUGGGGUUUGCCCAGUGCCUGCUCCAAUUUUGAUUCAAACCAGCCUUAUUUUGGUUACAUUUCAGUCAAUUAGGAACAGAUUUAAGCUUAAUGCCAAUAAACCUUGUUAAACCCCA